AUGUCAACCCUCUUCACAAUCCCCAUCUCUGCGACAGGAGGCAGCAUCGUCUGCUCGAACCCGACCUCCUCGAACGAGGACAAGAACAUCUACAUCCUCACAUUCGCAUCGGGGAAGGACAACCGCUUGAUUCCCGCGUUUAUUGACGCGCUGCUCCUUGCGCUGGAUAUCAUUGAGCACCGGUAUCCGAAAGGUGUGGUCGUUACGACGAGCGGAAUCCAGAAGUUCUACAGCAAUGGAUUAGACCUGGAAGUUGCGAUGAGCACGGAGGGAUUCACACAGAAGUGGCUGUGGAAGCUGUUCCGUCGGUUCUUGACCUACCCUAUGCCAACAAUCAGCCUGUUGAACGGACACUCCUUCGCCGCCGGCUUCAUGCUAGCCAUGUACCACGACUACCGCAUCCAAAACCCAUCCAAGGGCUUCCUCUGCAUCAACGAGCUUGACUUCGGCGUCCCCUUACAAGCCCCAAUGAUGACUAUCUUCCGAGAGAAGCUCACACCCGCGACAUUCCGCGACGUCGUCCUGGGUGCGAAGCGAUUCCCUGGUUCUGAGGCAUUGCAGCGGGGGAUUGUUGAUGGCGUUGGGGGAUUGGAGGAGACGGUGAAGUUCAUUAAGGAAAGGGGGUUGCAGACGAAGGCGGAUACGGGGAUUUAUGGGACUAUGAAGGAGGAGAUGUAUCGGGGGUCGUUGGGGGUUUUGGAUAAUGAUGAGGCGAAUUUGGAGUGGAGGGAGAAGGUCGAGGAGAGGAAUGAUGGGUUGAGGGAGGAGGGGAGGAAGAGUGUUAAGGCAUGGGAGGGGAAGGCUAAGUUGUGA